AUGCGGUUCUUCGCUCAUCUCCCUCUACUUCUGUGGGGAGCCUUGUCGAGUCUGGUCUCGGUUUCGGCAACGGACAAUGGCAAGACGACUGAUGUGACGUGGGAUAAGUAUAUUUACUUCUUCUGGAACUUCCACUCCGCCUCCAAGGACACUUUUGACUUUGAGAAUGGCGCCCACGAUAUCCAGAAAGUCUUCGACUACGCCAAACAAGCCGGGUUAUACGUGAUCGCCCGCGCCGGACCCUAUGUCAACGCCGAGGCCUCAGCCGGGGGCUUUGCUCUCUGGGCAGCAAAUGGACAGAUGGGCUCCGAGCGCACCAGCGACCCCAGAUACUACGCGGCAUGGUACCCAUGGAUUCAAAAGGUUGGGGCCAUUAUCGCCGAGAAUCAAAUCACCAAGGGAGGACCCGUGAUCCUCAACCAGCACGAGAAUGAACUCCAGGAGAACUACCACGACCCGGAGAACACUGUGGUCAAAUACAUGGAGCAAAUUACCGCAGCCUUUGACGAGGCCGGGAUCGUGGUACCCAGCACGCACAACGAGAAGGGGAUGCGUUCGCAGAGCUGGUCCACGGAUUAUAAGGACGUGGGCGGUGCGGUGAAUGUGUACGGGUUGGACUCGUAUCCUGGUGGAUUGUCGUGCACGAACCCGGACUCUGGCUUCCGUCUGGUCAGGACGUAUUACGAAUGGUUCCAGAACUUUUCAUACACGCAGCCUGAGUUUAUCCCCGAGUUCGAGGGGGGCUGGUUCCAGCCCUGGGGUGGGUAUUUCUACGAUCAGUGUGCCGCGGAACAUUCGCCUGAAUUUGCCGACGUCUACUACAAGAAUAAUAUCGGAUCGAGGAUCACGCUGCAGAGUCUCUACAUGGCUUUUGGCGGCACCAAUUGGGGCCAUUCCGCGGCGCCGGUGGUGUAUACCUCGUACGACUAUUCGGCGCCGUUGCGCGAGACUCGCGAGAUCCAGGAUAAGCUCAAACAGACCAAGUUGAUUGGGUUGUUUACGCGAGUCUCGUCGGGUCUUUUGCAGACGGAGAUGGAAGGCAACGGGACUGGGUAUACGAGCGAUAAAAGCAUCUACACCUGGGCGUUGCGCAAUCCUGAAACUCAAGCUGGGUUCUAUGUGCUGGCUCACGACUCGAGUCAAUCUCGUGAUGUGACGACUUUUGAUUUGAAUGUACGGACAUCUGCCGGUUCAAUGACGAUCCCCGAUAUUGAAUUGGCCGGACGCCAAAGUAAGAUCAUCGUUACAGACUACGAGGUCGGCAAAACCUCGAGCUUGCUGUAUUCUUCAGCCGAGAUUGCGACAUAUGCGACGCUGGACGUGGAUGUGAUUGUGUUUUACCUGAACAUUGGGCAAAAGGGUGUAUUUGCCUUCAAGAAUCCCACUGCAAAACUGACCUUUAAAACAUUCGGCAACUCGAACCUCACUUCCACGGUGACGACGACCAAGGAGACUCAGUAUUCAUACGUCCAGGGACAAGGGACGACGGUAGUGCAAUUCUCCAACGGUGUCCUUCUCUACCUGCUGAAUAAAGAAACCGCGUGGAACUUUUUUGCCGUCCCAACGACGUCCAACCCAAUUGUGUCUCCCAGCAAGCAAAUCCUUGCUAUUGGGCCGUACCUGGUUCGAGAGGCGGAACUGACGCAUGACCGCGUGGCUCUGACUGGCGAUAAUGCAAAGUCCACGACUGUGGAGGUAUACACUGGAUCUUCCAAAGCCCGCAAGAUCAGGUGGAAUGGAAAGAACAUCCCCACCAAAGUGACACCCUACGGGAGUCUGAUCGGGACUGUUCCCGGCGCCGAAGAUGCUCACAUCUCUCUGCCCUCCUUGACUUCGUGGAAGUCUCAGGAUACGCUUCCGGAGAUUCAGCCCAAGUACGACGACUCGCGCUGGACCGUCUGCAACAAGAGCAGCUCGGUCAACUCGGUCAAGCCGCUCUCUCUGCCCGUUCUGUACUCUGGGGACUACGGCUAUCACGCAGGAAUCAAGAUCUACCGUGGUCGAUUCGACGGUCGGAAUGCCACCGGAGCCAACGUGACGGUUCAGAAUGGCGUUGUCGCAGGCUGGACCGCCUGGUUGAACGGCGCCUAUGUCGGCGGCGCUCUGGGAUCGCCCAGCGCGGCGUCGACCUCGGCAGAGCUCCUCUUCAACCAAUCUUCCCUCCGCGAGACUGACAACGUCCUCACCAUCGUGACCGACUACACCGGCCACGACGAGGACAAUGUCCGACCGGCGGGAGCCCAGAACCCGCGCGGCAUCCUGGGCGCGAUCCUCCUCGGCGGAGGCACCUUCUCAUCCUGGCGCCUCCAAGGCAAUGCCGGCGGCGAAGCCAACAUCGACCCCGUCCGCGGGCCGAUGAACGAAGGAGGCCUCUUCGGCGAACGCAUGGGCUGGCAUCUCCCGGGCUACACGCCGCCCAAGCAAGCGGACCCCUCAUCUCCACUCGACGGGGUGUCCGGGGCGGCGGGCCGAUUCUACACGACCACGUUCAAGCUCCAUCUGGACGAGGAUCUGGACGUGCCGAUCGGACUGCAACUGGGGGCUGCGGCGAACACGGCGGCGGUGGUGCAGAUCUUUAUGAAUGGGUACCAGUUUGGUCAUUACUUGCCCCAUAUAGGACCUCAGACGCUGUUCCCAUUUCCGCCGGGCAUUCUCAACAAUCGCGGGGAGAAUACGUUGGCGAUCAGUCUGUGGGCGUUGACAGACCGGGGAGCGGCGCUGGAUCGGGUGGAAUUGGUUGCGUAUGGGGCAUAUCGGACGGGCUUUGAUUUCAAUCAGGAUUGGUCGUACCUGCAGCCGCGAUGGAAGGAUGAUCGGGGGUUGUAUGUAUAG